CUGCUCUCAAAUGUGGCCUUUCUUGUCUUUCUCCGCCGUCCGGCCAUGUUCCGGCGGAGCCUGACGAGGUGCGACGUGCGGUGCCGCGGACUUAAGUUGCUGCUGCUGCUCCUGGAGGCUCGGGACGGACGUGACGGUGUUAUUGUCUGUGUCAGACAGGUGAUGAAGUGAGACAUUAAGUCAUCCAGAAGGAGUUGAUCCCACACAUAGAUGAUGGACAUCAUAGAUACUCAGCGUGCCUUGGAGGCUGUGGAGCGACUUCAAGCCAAACUGAAGGAGCGAGGAGAAGCUGAGGACAAACUCAGCCUGCUGAAGAGCGUCCUGAGGAGCCGCCUCUUCCUUCACAUUCUCAGCCUGCAGAAGGCCCAACGCCAGCCUGCAGCCAAGGCCAAGGGCCUCUCCAAGUCCGUGUCCAUGAACUGUGGCAAGAGCCCGGCCGUGGGACUGGAUACCAAGCUCAGUCACAGCGACUCCUACACCUGGGCCAUGGAGAACCGAGGACCCAGCAGGUCUCUGCGCAGGGACGGGAGCGUCUCCUCCCUGGACUCGCAGGAUCUGUCCUUCUCAGACCUCUACUCAGACAACUGCACUCACACGGAGUCACAGUACUGCACACCCCCUCGGAUCUCCCGAACCAUGUCCAUGGGGAGGAACCUGUCUGCAAUUGCUCAUGAGAGGCGCCACUUGGAGAUCAUCGAGCUGACCAAUGAUGGGAAAGGACUUGGAUUUGGGAUCAUAGGAGGGCGGAGCACAGGAGUCAUGGUCAAGACUAUCCUGCCUGGAGGAGCAGCUGGGCAGGAUAAACGUCUGCGCAGCGGGGAUCAGAUCUUAUGUAUUGGAGACACAGACCUGGCUGGCAUGAACAGCGAGCAGGUAGCGCAGGUGCUGCGAAACGCCGGCAGCAAGGUGAAGCUCCUCAUCGCCAGGGACAACCUGACCUCUCCUGUCCUCAGCCAGGAGUCCCUGGAUGGCAACCUCAGUGACUUCAACCAUGACUACGAGUUCAGCGUGCAGUUCAGUAAAAACAGCAGGGGGCUGGGCUUAACCAUCUCCAGCUACAUCGGCCACCUCAACUCAGUGUACAGUGCUGGGGUGACGGUGAAGAGCAUCGUGAAGGGCAGUACUGUGGACCAGGAUGGACAGAUCCACGUUGGCGACAUCAUACUCUCUGUGGACGGGGUGAGCCUGCAGGGCUGCAGCGAGCAGCGGGCCAUGGAGGUGCUGAGGAGGACCGGCCCUAUGGUCCGACUGAGACUCCUGAGGAAGGCGGUGCGUCUCAGCCACAUCCUUCCCCCCGUUCCCCCCCUGCACCCCCUGCGCCACUCGCACAGCUUCCAGGAGGGCGACCCCUACAGGGUGGGCCUGAACAGGAUCCAUGAGACAGGAAUAUGUUCUCUGCGUGAGAUCUCCCGCCGCGCAGCAUACGCCAACAGAAGACCCCGACAUGAUUCCAGAAAUGGCGUGAAGCUGACGGCAGCAGAAGAAGAAGACCUGAGGAUGAGGUGGCAACAUGCACUUGGACCGAGAUAUGAAGUUCUAGUGUGCCAGCUGGAGCGCUUCAGUGAGACUAGUGGUCUGGGCAUCAGUCUGGAGGCUCGGGCAGGACAUCAUUACCUGUGCUCAGUUUUACCUGAGGGUCCUGUUGGCCAGAGUACUAAGAUCUUCACUGGAGACCAGAUCCUGGAGGUGAACGGGAUCCCACUCAUAGGAGAGACACACAAGGAGGUGAUCAACAUCCUGAAGGAGCUGCCUCUCUUUGUGUACCUGGUGUGCUCUCGCGUCGUACCCCCCGCCAUCCCCGACAGCGAGGAGGACGAGGAGGAGGACGCUCAGCUCACCCUGAAGGAGCUGUUGGCUGAGUUCAAUGACAAGCUGGACCAGGGCUGCGUCAUCCCCUGCCCGACAGCUGAGGACAUCACCAAGCGGGGCGUGCCCCCCAUGUCGCCUCCUUUGGCCAUGUGGGAGAGGGAGGCGCAGGUGGUAGAGCUGGAGAAAGGCGAGUCGGGAUUGGGCUUCAGUAUCCUGGACUACCAGGAUCCGGAGGACGCCACCAAAACAGUUCUGGUGAUCCGCUCCUUGGUCCCGGGUGGUGUGGCUGACCGAGAUGGCCGCCUGCUCCCCGGGGAUAGACUCAUGUUUGUCAACGAGUGCGACCUGGAAGGCUCCAGUCUGGAUUACGCCGUGCACGUGCUGAAGUCCACGGGCUACGGCCCCGUGCACAUCGGUGUUGCCAAACCACUGCCGCUGGAACUCUGCGGGGGACUGACGCCCAUCUCAGAGAGGAGCACGCGGGCGUCCUGCGAUGACGGCGAGGGCCACGCUCAGGAUGGCGUGCUAGCCCAGGCCGGCACUCGCACGCUGGACCGGGACUUCAUCGGGUUGUACUACAACAACAACACGGAAGUCCCACCGCAUCAGCGCCCCGGCGCCAUGGACGAGGAGGGCCCGCUCUCGGCCCCGCCCCCUGGCGCCAGCUUUGAGAAGACCAUCACCGUUGUCCGGGGCAACCGUAGCCUUGGGAUGUCGGUGAGCGCCAUCAAGGACGGCUCAGGCAUGCUGGUGCGCAGCGUGGCCCCCGGGGGCUCUGUCUGCCAAGAUGGCCGACUGGGCCCAGGCGACGCCAUACUGGCCAUCAACAACGAGACCACGUCCAAUCUGACCAACGCCAUGGCCAGGUCCAUGCUGCGCAGGAACUCUGUCAUCGGGCCAGAGGUCAGGAUAACCUUCGUACCUGCUCCAUGUGUGGACCAACACCGUCACCACCUGGGUUUGCCCCCGCUGGCCUCCACCCUAGACCACGCCCCUUCCUCCCCGACCCCGCCUCCAGAACCUCCCAGUCCAGUUGAACCCUCCUGCCUUUCAGUCCAGUCUAAAACCUCAGGUCCAGACCCGCCCUCGGUCAGAGGUCACAACACAACAUGUGAGGAGGAGGAGGAGGAUGGAGUGAAGGUGGAGAUGAAGAUGAAGAUGAUGGGAGGUCAAGGAGCAGAAGGAGAUAUUUGUCCUCACACUUGGGGUCAACCACGAAGAGUGCAGCUCAGGCGGGCUGCAGGCCGCUCUCUUGGCCUCAGCAUCAUGGGAGGAAGGGGCAUGGGCCACCGGCUGACUGGUGGUCACAUGAUGAGGGGGGUCUUCAUCAAGAACAUCACCUCCGCAGCACUUGACCACACCCUGCAGGUCGGGGACAGGAUACUGGAGGUGUGUGGUGAGGACCUGCGUGAUGCCAGUCAUGAGCAGGUGGUGGACGCCAUUCGCCGAGCAGGAGACUCUGUGGACCUUCUGGUUCAGUCCACAGAGUACACAGCACAGUCUCCUGUGCUGACUAACUGUGAGAGACUAACUCCAACCUUGCAGUCGGAUAGAAGUCAGCCUCUCAGUGGCCUCCUUCUUAGUCCCGCCCCCACAAACCCUUUCAUUCCCACUCCUUUCAAGGUCCAGACCUCCCAUGGAGAGGAUCAAGGCGGCCGCCAGACCUUCAAGGAGAUGAAGUGGACGACCAGUGAUGAGGAGGAGAAGAACACCAGCAGAAAGAGGAUGCUGCAGCGCUAUGGCAGUCUGUCAGGGAGGCUGCACAUGAUGGAGCUGCAGAAGCAGCCUGCACAACAGGGCUUGGGGAUCAGCCUGGCAGACAACAAGGAGGGCUGCAGGGCCCGCAUGAGCGUCUGCGUGGCGGCUGUUGACCCCCAAGGACCUGCUGGCUUGGAUGGCAGGAUAAGAGUCGGGGAUGAGCUGCUGGAGAUCAACGGUCAGGUGUUGUACGGCCGCAGUCACCACAACGCCUCCGCCAUUAUCGACAAGGCUCCUCCCAGAGUCAGGAUCAUUGUCAUCAGAAACCAGGCCAACUCAGACCUUGGCCACGCCAAGACAGACUCUGGGGAUCAGGGAGGAUCCUCCGGAGACUUCCAGAAUGUCCACCUGCGACAGGAGGAGCAGGAUCUGGGACUGUGUCUGGCAGAAGAAGGAUCCAAGGACGGACCGGUGGUCCGGUCUCCAAACAGUAAGGCCGGCACAAGAAUGUUGUCAGAGGGAGUCAAAGCGUGGGCUGAGGAGCACGUGGAGAAGGUGCCAAGACCGCCUGACUGGAGUCUUCCAUCAGGUCUACUUGACUGCACUUCCUGUCCAACACAGACCACGGGCCCCUCGCCAUCCGCCCUGAGGGACUCCUGCAUCUCCUCCUACUCCGCCCCCGCUGCCAAGGAGCCUUCUGAUUGGCCGGAGUCCGCCCCAGAGUCCCACCCACUCAGCUGCCCUGUGGUAGCUGGCAAGGAGAGCAGCAUACAGAUCUGGAAAGGAGACCUGGGACUGGGUGUGAGCAUCGUGGGAGGGUGUGACACUCUGCUGGGGGCAGUCAUAGUCCACGAGGUGAAUGAUGGAGGGGCCGCACAGAGAGAUGGACGACUACAGGCUGGGGACCAGAUACUAGAGGUGAACAGUAUUGACCUGCGCCAGGCCAGCCACGAUGAGGCCAUAGCGGUGCUGAGGCUGAGCAGGCAUCAAGUGGACCUGAAGGUGUUCAGACCCCAGCAGGCCUUCAGGGAAGAAGAUCUUUGGGACGUCUUCAGUCUGCUGCUGAGACCUCAUCCUGACCAGGGUCUGGGCUUCACCACUGUGGGGAAAAGCGACGACAUCGGCAUCUUCGUGUCCCGUAUCGCCCCAGGAGGCGUGGCCGAUUUGGAUGGCCGGCUGUUGCUAGGUGACCAGAUUCUGUCAAUCAACGGCGAGGACGUCCGUGCGGAGUGUCAGGAAGUGGUGGAGCGACUUCUGCAGAACUGCAGUGGAGUGAUCCACCUGGAAGUGGCUCGCUUCAAGGCCGGACUGCAGUACCCAGAACCUAGUCAGAGCGACGACUCUGACUGCUCCACCCUGACACGCAAUUCUUCUGUCCGCCAGCAGGGGAAGACAGAGAACCCAGCAGGGGGCCACACUUUUCAAGACUAUCCAGACUACAGAAAAGUCCUCAUAAAAAAGAGUCCACAACACUCCCUAGGCAUCAGUUUGGCAGGAGGAGUGGGCAGUCGCCAUGGCAACGUACCUCUUUUUAUUGCUACCAUGGAUACUGAUGGAUCAGCUUCCAAAACACAGCAAUUAAAGCCAGGAGACCGCGUCCUCAGUAUAAACGAUGUGUCCAUGGAGGGAAUGUCUCACAUGCAGGCCGCUGCCUUGCUCAAGAACGCCCUGGGUUCUGUCACGCUGCAGGUGGCAUCAGGGUGCAGCCCUCGCGAUCCCCGAGGCGUGCACGAGCGAUCAUCAGGCCAGCCCAGCUGUCUGCCGUGCUUUCACAACAAGCUGUGUGCUCGCAUGUACAAGACAGUGAGUCUGGAGAGAGGUUCUUCAGGUCUGGGCUUCAGCAUCAUUGGAGGAUUUGGAAGUCCUCAUGGAGACCUGCCCAUCUACAUCAAGACCAUCUUCACCAAGGGUGCCGCCAUGGAGGACGGGCGUCUAAAGGCGGGUGAUCAGAUCAUUGCAGUGAACAGACAAUGUCUGGAGGGUGUGACUCACGCUGAAGCUGUGGACUUCCUGAAGAAGACUAAAGGCACCGUGGUCCUCACCCUUCUCUCCUGACAUCUCCUCAUUCAUUCAUCUUCACCUGACUUAUUAGAACCUCAUUCAUUCAUCUUCACCUGACUUAUUAGUACUUCAUUCAUUCAUCUUCACCUGACUUAUUAGCACCUCAUUCAUUCAUCUUCCACUGACUUAUUAGUACCUCAUUCAUUCAUCUUCCACAGACUUAUUAGUACAUCAUUCAUUCAUGUUCCACUGACUUAUUAGUACCUCAUUCAUUCAUCUUCCACUGACUUAUUAGUACCUCAUUCAUUCAUCUUCCACUGACUUAUUAGUACAUCAUUCAUUCAUCUUCACCUGACUUAUUAGUACCUCAUUCAUUCAUCUUCCACAGACUUAUUAGUACCUCAUUCAUUCAUCUUCCACUGACUUAUUAGUACCUCAUUCAUUCAUCUUCCACUGACUUAUUAGUACCUCAUUCAUUCAUCUUCCACUGACUUUUUAGUACCUCAUUCAUUCAUCUUCCACUGACUUAUUAGUACCUCAUUCAUUCAUCUUCCACUGACUUAUUAGUACCUCAUUCAUUCAUCUUCCACUGACUUAUUAGUACCUCAUUCAUUCAUCUUCCACUGACUUAUUAGUACAUCAUUCAUUCAUCUUCACCUGACUUAUUAGUACCUCAUUCAUUCAUCUUCCACAGACUUAUUAGUACAUCAUUCAUUCAUGUUCCACUGACUUAUUAGUACCUCAUUCAUUCAUCUUCCACUGACUUAUUAGUACCUCAUUCAUUCAUCUUCCACUGACUUAUUAGUACCUCAUUCAUUCAUCUUCCACUGACUUAUUAGCACCUCAUUCAUUCAUCUUCCACUGACUUAUUAGUACCUCAUUCAUUCAUCUUCCACUGACUUAUUAGUACCUCAUUCAUUCAUCUUCCACUGACUUAUUAGUACCUCAUUCAUUCAUCUUCCACUGACUUAUUAGUACCUUAUUCAUUCAUCUUCCACUGACUUAUUAGUACCUCAUUCAUUCAUCUUCCACUGACUUAUUAGUACCUCAUUCAUUCAUCUUCCACUGACUUAUUAGUACCUCAUUCAUUCAUCUUCCACCGACGUAUUAGUACAUCAUUCAUUCAUCUUCCACUGACUUAUUAGUACCUCAUUCAUUCAUCUUCCACUGACUUAUUAGUACCUCAUUCAUUCAUCUUCCACUGACUUAUUAGUACCUCAUUCAUUCAUCUUCCACUGACU